AUGAGUUCUCCGCUUCCGGUCGCCCUGCAGAACAAACUGCAGGGGUUUGGCAGAGCGUCCACCACGCACCUGUCGGCCCUGAACAUCGAUCUCAUCCGCAAUAUUGUGUUUGUCCUCUUCAUCCUUAGGUAUACACGCAAGACCUUCUAUUCGCUGCGCGGCUAUGGCGUGGUCGGCAGUCUCCGCAACGUCUUCAUCUCCAUCCGCCUGUUCUGCUACUCCCUCUUCCUGCGCUCCCCCGGCGUGCGAGGCCAGGUCGAUAAGCAGGUGACCACGGCGAUUGAUAAGCUCCAGGCGAAGCUCGUUGCUAGCGGACCGGGCGUGAACCGCUACAUCACGCUGCCGAAGGAGGGCUGGUCACCGGAGCAGGUUCGCGCCGAGCUCGACAACCUCGCUGGCUUGGAACAUACUCGCUGGGAGGAUGGCCGUGUCAGUGGCGCGGUGUACCAUGGUGGUCAGGAUCUCUUGAAACUGCAGGCGGAGGCCUUUGGGAAAUUCGGUGUUGCGAAUCCGAUCCAUCCGGAUGUUUUCCCUGGCGUGAGGAAGAUGGAGGCGGAGGUUGUUGCCAUGGUUCUGUCAUUGUUCAACGCUCCCGCGGAUGGCGCUGGUGUGACUACCGGUGGUGGUACAGAAUCUAUCAUUAUGGCUUGUCUGGCGGCGCGGCAGAAGGGCUUCAUGGAGCGAGGAGUGACAGAACCAGAGAUGAUCAUCCCUGAUACAGCACACGCGGCGUUCAUCAAGGCCUGCAAUUAUUUUAAGAUGAAGCUCCACCGAGUGCCUUGCCCAGCACCCGACUAUAAGGUCGACGUCAAGGCUGUGCGCCGGCUGAUCAACCCCAACACUGUGCUUCUGGUUGGUUCGGCGCCUAACUUCCCCCACGGUAUCGUGGAUGACAUCCCCGCUCUUUCCCGGCUCGCGACCAAGUACAAGAUCCCUCUUCAUGUGGACUGCUGUCUCGGAUCGUUCGUCAUUGCCCAUCUCAAGAAGGCCGGUUUCCCGUCGCCGUACGAGGAAGACGGUGGCUUUGACUUCCGCCAGCCCGGUGUCACCAGCAUCAGUGUUGAUACUCACAAGUAUGGCUUCGCGCCCAAGGGGAACUCCGUCUUGCUCUACCGCAACAAGGUAUACCGCAGCUACCAGUACUUCAUCUACCCCGACUGGUCCGGCGGCGUUUACGCGUCUCCAUCCGUUGCAGGUUCACGCCCCGGCGCCCUGAUCGCGGGCUGCUGGGCCAGUCUGAUGAGCGUCGGCGAGGCCGGCUACAUCAACAGCUGCACGGAGAUCAUCAAUGCCGCGCGCAAGUUCGAGUCUGCGAUCCGGGAGCACCCGCAGAUCGCUCCCCAUCUCGAGAUCAUCGGUGAUCCAGCCGUCAGCGUCGUGGCAUUCGCCAGCAAGAACGGCGCCAUUGACAUCUACGACAUCGCCGAUGACCUGUCCGCCAAGGGCUGGCACCUCAACGCCCUCCAGUCCCCGCCCGCCAUGCACUGCGCCUUCACCAUUCCCACCGCCUCGGCAGUCGACCAGCUGAUUCUCGACGUGAUCGCGGUUGUGGAAAAGGAGCUGGAGAAGGCUGAGGAGCGCAAGAGACAAGGCAAGGCCUACAUUUUGGAGCGCGGCGACACUUCCGCGCUGUAUGGCGUUGCUGGCAGUAUCCCGGACAAGAGCAUCGUCAGUCGUUUGGCUGAAGGCUUCCUCGACACGCUGUACAAGGCUUAG